GCUGCGCGUGUUUCUACCGGGCUUAACGAUUAAUUUGAACGUGUUUUACCGCUAAAAUGACCCAUACACAUGUUUAUUCGACGUAACAACAGUUCAAAAACAAAAUGAAGUGUCAGUUCUUACAUUUAGUUCCGUGAAGUGUUUACAAUUGUGUGUUUAAACGACAUAGAAGGAGUAAAACAAAUGUGUGUGAUCCAUGUGUGAAUGUUGUGCUACAAGAUGUGGUCGAGAAACUUUAUACCGGAUUAUGGGAUUAACUUGCUCUCCAUCGUCCUGCUGUUUUCCACUUUGGCCGCCACAAUCCAUGGAGUGGAUGGUUUCGUCUCGUGCUCACCGUCGCCGUGCAAGAAUAGCGGAACAUGUCUCUCUACCACGCGGGGGGAAUAUUUUUGCAACUGCACAUCCCGUUACGCCGGCGAGUUCUGUCAACACCUGAAUCCUUGUCACAGCGAGUCAAGCCCACGAUGUCAAAAUGGCGGCUCCUGUAGGGUCAGACCUGGGGCUGGAGGCGGCCCGCCAUCCUUCGCUUGCGACUGCCCUCUCGGAUUCAGUGCAUCCUUGUGCGAGAUCAGAGUACCAGCCGCUUGCGAUUCCGCGCCUUGCCUGAACGGAGCAACUUGUCGGCUUACCUCAUUGGACACCUUUGAAUGCGAUUGCCCUCCGGGGUAUACAGGCGAAGAAUGCUCCCACGAAGACCACUGCGCAUCCCAACCCUGCAGGAACGGAGGUCGUUGCGUUGCAGACAAUACAACGACGGCCGGAUACUCUUGCGCCUGUCCACCCGGCUUCACCGGCGCGCGAUGUACUGAGGACGUGUUCGAAUGCUCGAGCGGCUCCGGCCCAUGUCACCACGGGAGGUGUUUCAACACCCACGGGUCUUACACCUGUGUGUGUGAGCCGGGGUAUACAGGCAGGGAUUGUGACACGGAGUAUGUCCCAUGUGAACCUUCACCGUGUCUGCAUGGCGGGAGGUGUACGCAGUUGGAUCAGCUACGAUACGAGUGUGAUUGUCCUACCGGCUACCGAGGUCAGAACUGCGAGAUCGACAUCGACGACUGUCCCGGACAUCUGUGCCAAAACGGCGCCACGUGUGUGGAUGGCCUCAACUCCUACAACUGCGAAUGUCCUGCGACAUUCUCCGGCACACUUUGUGAGACGGACGUAGAUGAAUGCGCUUUGAGGCCGCUGGUAUGUCAGAACGGAGCAACAUGCACCAACUCAGUCGGUGGGUUCUCUUGCAUCUGCGUCAACGGAUGGACAGGUCCAGAGUGUUCUGUGAACAUCGACGACUGCGCAGGUGCAGCUUGCUUCAAUGGCGCUACCUGUAUAGAUAGGGUUGGUGCGUUUUACUGCAAGUGUACGCCUGGAAAAACGGGUCUCCUCUGCCAUCUGGAUGACGCUUGCACUUCGAAUCCUUGCCACGCCGAUGCGAUCUGUGACACUAGUCCCAUCAACGGGUCAUACACAUGCUCCUGCGCCUCUGGCUACAAGGGAUUGGAUUGCUCGGAGGAUAUUGACGAAUGUGAACAAGGCUCACCAUGCGAACACGAUGGCAUUUGCGUCAAUACCCCCGGAUCCUUCGCUUGCAACUGUUCUGUUGGCUUCACCGGGCCUCGUUGCGAGACCAACGUUAAUGAGUGCGAGAGCCACCCUUGCAGGAACGACGGCUCAUGCUUAGACGACCCUGGCACCUUCCGAUGCGUAUGCAUGCCUGGUUUCACUGGAACUCAAUGCGAGGUCGAAAUAGACGAAUGUGCCAACAACCCUUGCCUGAACGGAGGAGUUUGCCAUGACAUGAUCAACGCUUUUAAAUGCACCUGUGUUAUUGGAUUUACCGGCGCUCGAUGCCAAGUGAACAUCGAUGAUUGCGCAUCGAGUCCGUGUCGAAAUGGAGGCACUUGUCACGACUCUAUUGCUGGAUACACCUGCGAAUGUCCUCCAGGAUAUACUGGGAUGUCCUGUGAAACCAAUAUCAACGACUGUCUUUCCGCACCAUGUCACCGAGGCGAAUGCAUCGAUGGCGACAAUAGCUUCACUUGCAACUGUCAUCCCGGAUACACUGGCCGAGUAUGUCAGACGCAGAUCAACGAGUGCGAAUCGAAUCCCUGUCAAUUUGGAGGACAUUGCGAGGAUCUCAUAGACGGGUACCAGUGUCGAUGUAAACCGGGUACUUCGGGCAGAAACUGCGAGAUCAAUGUUAACGAAUGCUACUCUAAUCCAUGCAGAAAUGGAGCCACUUGUAUUGACGGAAUUAACAGGUACACCUGCGAGUGCAUUCCUGGCUUCACGGGCCAACACUGUGAGACCAACAUCAACGAGUGCUUGUCCAACCCAUGCGCCAAUGGCGGCAAAUGCAUCGACCGCAUCAAUGGUUUCCGCUGCGAAUGCCCACGGGGAUACUAUGAUGCGAGAUGCCUUUCCGACGUGAACGAAUGCGCUUCGAACCCCUGCAUCAACGGCGGUACUUGUGAGGACGGUGUCAACCAGUUCAUCUGCCACUGUCUCCCAGGUUACGGAGGUCAGCGUUGUGAAAGGGACAUAGACGAGUGCAGUUCCAACCCGUGCCAACACGGAGGGACGUGUCACGACCGACUUAACGCUUACAAGUGUGACUGCGUUCUGGGAUUCACUGGUGUGAACUGUGAAACGAAUAUCGACGAUUGUGCCGGCAACCCAUGCCUGCACGGCGGCUCUUGCAUCGAUCUAGUCAACGGGUACAGAUGCGUGUGCGCACCUCCCCACUCCGGUCGCAACUGCGAGAACACGCUUGAUCCUUGCUUGCCCAACCAGUGUCGUCACGGCGGGCGCUGCAUAGCUGAGGCGUCGUACGCGGAGUUCACGUGCCAGUGCCCGGUGGGGUGGACGGGUGCGUUGUGCGAGCGUGACGUGGACGAGUGUGCGGUCACGGCGCCGUGCCACAACGAGGCCACGUGCAUCAACACGGAGGGCUCGUAUGCGUGUCUGUGUGCGCGUGGCUAUGAGGGCAAGGACUGUGCGAUCAACACGGACGACUGCGCUUCCUUCCCCUGUCAAAACGGUGCGACAUGCCUGGAUAGUAUCGGCGACUACAACUGCUUGUGUGCGAGCGGUUUCGCCGGCAAACACUGCGAAGUUGACAUCGACGAGUGCCAGUCUCGCCCUUGCAUGAAUGGCGCUACUUGCAAUCAGUAUGUUGCAUCCUACACCUGCACGUGUCGACUCGGUUUCUCGGGCAUCAACUGCCAGACGAAUGACGAGGAUUGCACGGAGUCCAGCUGUAUGAACGGCGGCAGUUGCAUCGACGGCAUCAAUUCAUACAACUGCUCAUGCCCUCCAGGCUACACGGGCUCCAACUGCCAGUUUCGGAUAAACAUGUGCGACAGCUCUCCCUGCGACAACGGUGCGACUUGCCACGACCACGUCACCCAUUACACCUGCCACUGUCCCUACGGUUACACAGGGAAGCACUGCGAGGAUUUUGUUGACUGGUGCGAAAACAAUCCUUGUGAAAAUGGCGCAACGUGCUCACAAAAGGGUCCGCAAUACACCUGUACCUGCGCACCCGGUUGGUCCGGCAAGCUUUGUGAUGUCGAAAUGGUCUCCUGUAAAGACGCCAGCAUUCGUAAAGGGGUAAAACUAAAACAACUAUGCAACAACGGUUCAUGUGAGGAUAUUGGCAACUCCCAUCGAUGCCACUGCCUUGACGGCUACACGGGCUCCUAUUGUCAGAAGGAAAUUAAUGAAUGCGACUCAGCCCCUUGCCAGAACGGAGCUGUGUGUAAAGAUCUAGUUGGAACUUACCAAUGUCAGUGCACCAAAGGUUUCCAGGGUCAGAACUGCGAGUUGAAUGUUAACGACUGCCUUCCCAAUCCAUGUCAGAAUGGAGGAACAUGUCACGAUCUGAUCAACAACUUCUCCUGCUCGUGUCCCUUCGGAACUCUGGGUAAAAUUUGUGAAAUCAACGUCAACGAUUGUAAGCAAGACGCUUGUCACAAUAACGGUACUUGCAUCGACAAAGUUGGUGGUUUCGAAUGCAAGUGCCCUGCUGGCUUCGUAGGGCCGCGGUGUGAAGGCGACAUUAACGAGUGUCUAUCUAACCCUUGUUCGAAUCCCGGAACGCAGGAUUGCGUGCAACUAGUCAACGAUUAUCACUGUAAUUGUAAACCUGGAUUCAUGGGUAGGCAUUGUGAUGCUAAAGUUAAUUUCUGUGCGAACUCGCCCUGUCAAAACGGCGGUAUUUGCACAGCCAUUCAAGGUGGACACGAAUGCCUGUGCGGUGAUGGAUUUUACGGCAAAAAUUGCGAAUAUUCAGGCUAUGCUUGUGAUUCAAAUCCGUGCCAAAAUGGAGGCUAUUGUAGGACAAUGGAAAACGGGGACUACGUUUGCAACUGUCCAUCAGGUUUGUCUGGAGUGAACUGUGAAAUAGAUUCAAUGAACGAAUGCCUUUCUAAUCCUUGUAAGCAUCCAGAAGCCCGAUGCAUAGACAAACCAGGUGACUACGUCUGCUACUGUCCUAGACAAUGGACCGGACAGAACUGUGAUAUACACGAUCCCCAUUCAAGAGGUGGUUAUGGAAGUCCGGUAUCGAGUGUAUACGGUAAAAAUCCAGUCCUUACGCUUCAGGAGUUAGAUUUGGCAUUCCAAAGAGAACAGUGCGUGAAAUUGGGAUGCAAGGAGAAACAAGGCGAUCAUCACUGUGAUGAAGAAUGUAAUACUUUUGCUUGUGAAUUCGACGGAAAUGAUUGUUCCCUCGGUAUUAACCCAUGGGCGAAUUGCACGGCUCCGAUAAAAUGCUGGGAAGUAUUUAUGAAUGGAGAAUGUAAUGAAGUCUGCAAUACACAAGCUUGUUUAUUCGAUGGUAGAGACUGUGAGAAGUCCCUGCAAAAAUGUAAUCCCGUAUACGACGCCUAUUGUCAAAAACACUACGCUAACGGCCAUUGUGACUAUGGGUGUAAUAAUGCAGAGUGUAACUGGGACGGUCUCGAUUGCGAAAACGAACCCCCUGAUCUAGCUGAGGGUGUGAUGUCAGUAAUUUUACUCAUGGACAUGCGAACGUUUAAAGAAAACUCAAUUGCCUUCUUACGGGACUUGGGCCAUCAAUUACGGACAACUGUACUCAUAAAGAAAGACCACUUGGGUAACGAUAUGGUUGUCCCAUGGAAAGGAUCAACUGAUAUCGGUCUUCAAGACACUGAAUUCGGAAAGAAACACAACAUUAUUUACACGGAAAGAGGACAAUCGGGAGUACAAGUUUACUUAGAAAUCGACAACAGAAAAUGUACUAUGAUGUCUGGGUCAGAAUGUUUUUUCUCGGCUCGUGAAGCCGCUGAUUUCUUGGCAGCAACAGCGUCGAAGCAUUCCUUGUCACCAGAUUUUCCAAUUUUCCAAGUCAAGGGAGUAUCUACUCCUGACGAUAUAGAUACGCCUACAAACUCAAAGUACGUCUUCAUUGGUGUUAUUCUCGUUCUGCUAGCUGGUCUUCUAAUUGGAGUUCUUGUAACAGCACAAAGGAAACGUGCUGCCGGUAUCACUUGGUUCCCGGAAGGGUUUAUUCGUAAUAAUUCUUCGACACGACGUCGCUCACGUCGUCGAGGACCAGAUGGCCAGGAAAUGCGGAAUUUGAAUAAGGGGUCUAUUGGAUGUAUAGACGUUGAUAUUAAUGGCGGUCAUAUGGGACCUCCACACUGGUCUGAUGAAGAUGACGACGGGUCUGCUCCUCCGAGAGCUAAAAGAGCUAGAGGGCCAGGAGAUGCAAAUGGAGCGCCGGGAGGUUAUGCAUCAGAUCACACAGCGAUUACAGAUUAUGAAGAAGCUGGGCACGAGCCCAGGGUUUGGACACAACAGCAUUUGGAUGCAGCGGAUAUUAGAGUUCCACCUAUGAUGACGCCACCUGCUAUUCACGACGGCCAUGUAGACGUAAACGCGAGAGGUCCUCUUGGAAUGACACCUUUAAUGGUAGCCGCUAUUAGAGGCGGUGGCUUGGACACCGGAUCCGAUGUAGAAGAAGAACAAACAGCGCACAUCAUAUCGGAGCUAGUGGCUCAGGGUGCACAGCUCAAUGCCGCUAUGGAUAAGACUGGGGAAACCAGUUUACAUCUUGCUGCUAGGUACGCACGUGCUGAUGCAGCUAAGCGUCUAUUAGAUGCGGGCGCGGACGCAAAUUCACAAGACAACACAGGAAGAACUCCAUUGCACUCUGCAGUAGCAGCUGACGCUAUGGGCGUCUUCCAAAUACUUCUGCGGAAUAGAGCCACUAAUCUCAACGCCAGGAUGCACGAUGGAACAACACCGCUUAUACUUGCUGCCAGGCUAGCAAUCGAAGGCAUGGUAGAGGACUUAAUAAACGCAGAUGCUGAUAUCAACGCUGCGGACAACAGUGGUAAAACCGCGUUACAUUGGGCCGCGGCAGUCAAUAAUGUCGACGCUGUAAAUGUCCUCCUCGUUCAUGGAGCGAACAGGGACGCGCAGGAUGACAAGGAUGAAACCCCAUUAUUCCUUGGUGCACGAGAGGGCUCAUAUGGUGCUUGUAAAGCCCUAUUAGAUGCCAUGGCAAACAGAGAGAUCACAGAUCACAUGGACAGACUCCCGCGGGAUGUUGCUCAGGAGAGGAUGCACGAUGACAUCGUGCGUUUACUUGACGAGCACUGUCCAAGGCCACCGCAACAUCACCAUUUGAUGUCGUCACCAAACCCACAUCCGCAUCUGAUCAGUCAGCCCACAGUGAUAAGUUCGACGACAAACAAGGGUAAACCCAAGAAGGCCCGAGCGAAACCAGGCCCCGACAGUCCACAGGAGCAGGCGUACGACAAUAAUAUGCAGCCCUCGCAGAUAAGACGGAAACCCAGCGUAAAAAAGAACAACAAAAAAGUGGCGCAGGAGGUGCCACAAAGCGUAGAAAGUUUGGGAUUCAGUCUCAGUCCAGUUGAAUCGCCAUUACAAAAUUUACAGGAUCUACCGUCGCCGUACGACGCGACAUCGCUAUACUCAAACGCGAUGGCACAGUUCCCGGCUGUAGAGCAACUUGUACAGCACAAGCAGCCGCCCAGCUAUGACGAUUGUGUCAAGUACGUUUGUCCGCAGACGGGCCAGACGCUGCAGUACGGCGGCGGUGCCCUGGGCGCCUCGCUGUCGCCCCCCUACUCAAACCACUCGCCGACGCACAGCAACCAGACCACCUCACCGCACGCGUAUAUAGGAUCACCAUCUCCGGGCAAGUCACGGCCAUCGCUGCCAACGUCGCCCGCACACAUGGCAGCGUUGCGUCAUCACCACCUGGAUGCGGCCGCAUAUUCUGCGCUCGCGCAUCUAAGUGCGAAUGGACAGCACAACGCACAGUUGCAAGCGGUUAUGACGCACGCGGCAGCUUUAGGACAGGUGCAGGGAGCGCAGCAUCCCGCCAUCACCAAUCUUAUGUCUGGUCUUUACGGCAGCUGGGGCAUGGGGGACACGUUCCCGACUCCCUCACCAGAGUCUCCGGACCACUGGUCAACCCCUUCACCGCAAACACCACUCACGCAGUCACCCCAUUCGGACUGGUCAGACCGCGCAGCCUUGUCACCUAACGAUAUACAGCAAACGAACAAAGGUGCCACUGAUGCGUUUUAUAUAUAACUAGCAAUAUAAAGAUUACGUAGUACAGAUUACAUAAAAAGGUCUUCGAGAAUACUUUAAUGAUAUUAUAUUUUUUUUAGUAUAAUAUAAUAUUUGCUACUCUGCAGAGUUAAGACUCUACAGUAUUCGCAUCAUUGCUUGAAUUUUUAAUAAAAAUAUAAUGUUGUCAGACCUAACAUUAAUUUAUAUUUGGAAAGUUUUUAUGAAUGCUUGACCAAUUUUGUUACGAUACUUUGCUUUUGUAAAAUAGGUCAUGACGAAUAGAAGAAUAUUAUGUCAAACUGACAAGAAUUUAAUAUAAUAUCGACUAUUGUAAUAUCUGAGAUUGUAAUACUUUUAUCUUCAUAUAUGGUUUGACAAUGUACAAUGUUUGGAACAUUAAAAAUAGGAACGUAUAUUUCUUCAUUCGAAUAUUUGAUUUGAUCAAAUUGUAGUUAGUACAAUUAAACUCGGCGUUGCCCAUUUAUAAAAAAUCUGCUAUGAAAAUAGUUUUACAUUAAUACUUUUAUACAUUCUUUUAGCAACUAAUUGAACACCACAUAUUAAAAACUGUGCUAAAAUUAGUAGAUUAGGUGUUUUUGUCUUAUAUUAAAGUUUGGAAAUCUCAAGGUGCUAGAGUACCGUAGAAGAUAGACUGAUUUGUAUAGCCAUGACGUAACUAGCUUAGCGCACUGGAAAUGACAAUAUCCAACAACAUUGCCCUUUUGGUGUAUUUUUGGAAUAAAAUUACAGAGUAGAUAUUCUAAAGAAUAUAUUUAUAAUUAAAUGCAAUAAAAUAUAUGUUCAAUAUUAAAAUUUUUGCAGUCAAAACUUUUUUAGCCUCGUUAAGCGAUUUUCGGUAAGAGCAAAACUUAUGGGUACGUGUCACUGACAAGCGAAAUAAAAAUGUGUGCGUUUCCACAGAUUAUAAUAUUAUUAAUAUUACUUAUAUUUUUUUAUAAAUGUAUCAAAAAUACACCGGAUUUGUAACACGGACACCGUGAACUAAAUAGUUGUUAUUGUUAAAUAUGUGUUUUUAUUCAUUGUUUUAUAAAACGCUGUUUUAAAAAAUAAAAUAAUUUUUAAAUGGGAAUUAUGUAUCAACAAAUGAGAUUGUUUUGCGUAUUGACGUGAAAGGAAAUUAUUUAUGUGUGAUUCUUUAGCACGUAAUACUUUGUAAUGUACUGUAGUGUAUGUAGAUUUUUUUUUAAUUUUAAGUAAAAUUU